AUGGCUUCCAAACCCUUCAGAGUCAUCAUCGCCGGAGGCAGCAUAGCGGGCCUCACGCUUGCUAACAUGCUUGAGAGACUGGGAAUUGACUUUGUUGUUCUUGAAGCUUACCGGGACAUUGCUCCUCAAGUAGGUGCGAGCAUUGGCCUUGCACCAAACGGCCUCCGCGUGCUCGAUCAACUUGGCCUAUACCCAACUCUGCGAGGGUUGAUACACGAGCCGCUUCAAGUAUCCACCAACCGCGGGCCUGAUGGACGGGUGCUGUCGGUGUACGGUCCACCUAUGGAUCAUCUCAGGGAGCGUCACGGUUACGACGUCAUCUUCGUCGAUCGUCAGAUGAUCCUCCAGGCUCUCUAUGACCAUUUGCAAAGCAAGGACAAGAUUCUGACAAGCAAAAAAGUCCGCUCGGUCAGCUUGCAGGAGAAAGGAGUCAAGGUUACCACUGAAGAUGGCUCGGUAUUCACUGGAGAUGUCGUGAUUGGCGCGGAUGGAGUUCACAGCACCGUCAGGAAGGAAAUGUGGCGGAUCGCGGAUGAGUUGGAGCCCGGAUACAUCCCGGCGUCUGAACACACAGCCUUGGCAUCACACACGACCUACAAAUGCAUUUUCGGAAUUUCCAUCAUGAAGGAAUACCUGCCGUCCACAAUGAACACGUCUUGGUUCAAGGGCCACUCCCUCCUGGUAAUUGGAGGACCGAGCAACCGGGUGUACUGGUUCAUGUUCGAAAAUAUGGGGAAGAAAUGUGACGGCCCAGACCUUCCCCAAUAUACAAAGCAGGACGAGGAGGCCCUUGCGAAGGAGCAUUGGAACGAACCGAUUACGGAAAACAUCACCUUUGGAGAUAUGUAUGCCGCACGAAUCUCUUCCGUCCUUACCCCACUUCCCGAGUAUGUUUUCAAAAAGUGGCACUUCAAGCGUAUCAUGACAAUCGGCGAUGCGGCACACAAGUUUGAACCAAUCGGCGGCCAAGGAGGCAACAACGCUAUCGAGACCGCCGCCGUCCUGGUCAACAAUCUCACAGAAAUGAUCAAGAGCCGUCCGGAGGGUCUGUCCGACAUCGAUAUUGACCGAGCCUUCUCAGAGACUCAACGGCUGCGCUCGCCACGCGCAUGGGAGCUCGUGAAUGCAUCUCAUGAGCAGCAAAAGGUCGAAGCCAUGGAGACGCGUCUGUUGGAGUUCAUCGCCAAAUACUACGUGCCGUACAUGUCAAUUGACACCAAGCUGUCUGGUUGGUCUAAAUCCAUCGAGGGUGGCCACAAGCUCAACAUGCUCGACGUCCCGAAGCGACCUUGCUUCGUGCCAUACCAGGACAACCUCCCAAGCAAGCCUUUCAACCCUUCGGUUCUCGUAAAGUCGACUGUUGCUGUAAUUUUUGGACUGCUUUUCUAUGUGGCCCAGCAAGUUUUGCAGAUAGACCCGACGAGCUUCGUUCCCGCUUUCCUUGGCCAUGAGUUGAAGCAGACAUACACAGGCAUUCCGGCGAUUGAUGCCACUCUAUCAACCCUGGUCUGGGCAUUCUCCAAGGGCGUGGCAGGCGAGGAUCUCAACCAGAGGGUCCAAUGUCUGUAUUUCAUGAUUAUGCUCCUGCCCGUUGUCCUCAUCUGGACGGUGGAAGGUUACCGAUUUGGAAACAGUUACUCUCUGGUAUCCAUGCCAGUUCUUUUCAGCAUCUACCAACUCCUCGGCAUAGGCAAGGUCGCACCGCUCUACUACCUCCUCAGCAUUUACACCACCAGCAACAUCCUGUACACCCGCACCACCGGCCGCGCCAUCCCCUCGUCCGUCGCCAAAGCGCUCCUCCCGGCCAUCUGCCUCGGCCACGCCCUCCCCACCGCCCUCAUGUUCCUCCCGCACGCCUCCCCCGCCACGCAGCAGACCUUCAUCGCCCUCUGGCAGCCCUUCCCCGUCUACACCGCCGCCCUCACCUCCGCCAUCGCCUUCCUCAUCCGCAAGGCCGACGGCCGCCCCGCCCUCGCCACCGCCCUCGACCGCGAAAUGUUCGCCCUCGCCGACGUCGGCCCCCUGCGCGCCGCGUACGCCGCCGUCUUCGGCGCCACCGCCACCGCCCACGCCGCCGCCAUCGCGUACCUCGCCGCCAACGCCCCGACCACCAGCGUCUUCGAGGUCUUCUUCGACCUCUUCGCCCCGCAGGAGGACGACUCCGUCUGGUCGUUCCUCAAGUGGGACUUCGCGCUCUGCUUCGCCGCCGUGCUGGUGUGGUGCCUGUACGGCGUGUACGAGCUCCGUCGCACCGGCUACGUCGACUCGAAGCGCGCGUGGCGCGCGGCGGCGGCGCUGCUGCUGGCGCAGGGCGCGGUCGGCCCCGGGGCGGCGUAUGUUGGGUUCUGGGCGUGGAGGGAGGGCGUCAUCGUGGACCAGGUCAGGAUGGUGCCGGAGAAUUAA